AUGGCGGACGCCACGCCCAAGCUGGAGCUCGAAGGUCGUGCCCCCCACCGGUCCAUUGACGAAACAGACAGGAUCGAGAUUCCGUGGUCCGGGGGAUUUAGGACGUGGCAAUGGACGAAAUGCUGGAAACGAGGACGAGAGUCCAGUGGACACAAGCGAGUCAACUCCAGUCGAGGAGGAGAAGAAGAAGACGAACGCAGUGCAAGUCGCGUCAGUGCGAGCUCGAGGCUGCACGCGCUCGACCAGCAGCAGCAGCUCAAGCAGCAGAUUGCACACUACUCGACGAUGCGCGUGCACAUGAAGCGCGUGCAAUUGUGUCUCGAGCGAGAGAAACGCAACAAGUUCUACAAAGAGUUGGUCGUCUACCUCGGCUUCUUGGCUAUCGUUCUGGCCACGUUGUUGUCGCUGCCAGUUCAUUCGCGGUUUGAGCAAAACUCGGCACUUGCGAGCACGUACUUUGAGGAACAAGUGACGCAUGAGACGCCGUUGAAAACCUUUUACACAGUUGGCAGUGAGAGUGAAAUGUGGCAGUGGAUUCAGGGACCGAUGGUGGCUCAGUUCUACGACCCGCCACUUCGGAAUAAUCGCGCGAUUGGCAGCAUCGAGAUCCGAUCUGGUCGUGUCAAAGGCACGCUCUGCAGUCAGACAGCAGGACGACAGGACGUUGUUAUGUUUUCGGACGAGAUUUGUUACCCUGCGUUCUCGAGUCAAAGCGAAAUGAAAGAGCCGUACGGGAAUGAAAGUGGCGUGCUGGGUGCGCAGUAUCGGUGGACUGAUGAACUGAGCAAGUUGCUACAGUCCGAGACAUUUGGUCCAGGCUUUGUGAGCUACGGCGAGGAUUACGGCCGCGGCGGAUACGCGGUUUAUCUGCCGCGUGACAACUAUACUGCCGCCAUCGUGUUGACCAAGCAGCUGAAAAGUGACUUUAUUGGAGAUGAUACACGGUACUUGGUCUCGUCAUUUGCGUUCUAUAACGCGCGCAGCAACAUUUUCUCACACGUGCAGGGGCUUUUUGAGCUGAGCAACACGGACUACAUCGAGGUUACGGGAAGAGUCAAAAGUUUUCAGAUUGCGGCAAGCUACAAGGACACGAAAGAGUUCCUGGAGGCCAACGCCCUCGUGAUUGUCCUAUUGGCUGCCACGCUACUGCUUGUGACUCGCGAAAUCUCGGAUUUGCGCAACUUUGGGCUGCGUAAGUACGCACAGUCUCUCUGGAAUCUCUUGGAUAUGUUCCAGCUCGUGCUACUGAUUGUAUUUCUCACGCACUGGGUGAUUUUCAUUGUAAAGUCGGAAAACAUCCGGGAUGACUUGUAUCGUGUUGGUGACAUGGAUUGCUCUGGUCCAGCCGACGACCAGGAAAGUGCGCGGACCUGUUUUGUCGAUAUAGAGCCACUGGCACGGCUAUUCUGCACAGUCAACAACUAUUCAGCUGCACUUGGACUCGUGUCCGUGGCGAUCGUGUUCAAGUACUUGCGUCUGAAUUCGCGCUUGAAUUUACUGUGGCGUACGCUUCGCUUUGCAGCCAAAGACCUUCUCGCGUUUGUGAUCAUUUUCUUCACCAUUUUCUUUGGUUUUGCAGUGAUGGGAUUUCUGACGUUCGGUACAUUCGUGCGGCAGUACCAUUCACUGUCUGCGUCGCUGGCAAGUUGCUUCCAGAUGCUGUUGGGUGCGUUCGAUUACGAAGAGAUUCAUACUGCGAAUCCAACCAUGGCUGCGAUUUUCUUCUUCAGUUUCAUGAUCUCCAUUUAUCUCAUUUGUGUCAACAUGUUCAUCGCUAUUAUGAGCGAGUACUACUCGUUGGCUCAGAAUGAAAAGAAGGCCUUGGAAGAGAACAAGCGGCAGAACAUCGUUGUUGAUAGCAAAGAGAAGAAGGGAGAUGAAGACUUUUACGAUUCUCUGCAGUUUAUGGAUGUGGAGUAUGAUCUAGUUAAACAAGCUAAGAAUUGCAUCAAUGCUCUGCGGGUACGAGUGAAGAUGCCACCAGUCAAAGACGGCAAGUCAGAGCACCAUACCGAGCAGCUCGUCGUACGCGGCUUCCAGCGGGUUCUUCUUGUGGACUAUGACUAUCUCAUGUCGGAGCGAAAACGCCUUCAGCGGAAGUUUCGAGCUUGUGUGCAUCUCGUCAUGAUCUGUGGUAACUUGAUGCGGCAGAGCGACCCAGAAUUCGCCUUGCAAGUGGAGAUGGAAGUCGUUGGAGAGCGCCCGCGUCCUCGAGCCCAUUCUGCUGAGUCGGUUGCUGAUCUUGUCGAGUUUCCGGUCACCUACGUCCCUCUUUCAUCCUCUCUAGCGAGCACUGUUGAGAUUCUGAAGCGUUUGAAGCCAGGCAUGUCUAUCGAGAUCGACGAUGGUUCGCUAACGCGAGACCAGAUCACACUCGAAGUGCUCGGAGACCAGGACGAAUACAUUCCGUCCGGUUUGGGGUACCGACAGCAGCCUGUGAAGAUAGACGACAGCUACAGCGAGGCGACUGACGGAUAUCGUGUCCGCAUCAGUGAAGGCGUCAAUGGUGUUGAAACGAGCGGGAAUCGCCGCAACGGCAAGUUUGGUCUGCGGCACAAUCACCAAGCGAUCGGUGGAGCAGAUCACAUUCGCGCAUGCCGCGUGCUGUACAAUGGUAAUGUGUUGCUGGAUGGCAAUGAAACCUGCAUCAUGCCGCGCUCGACUUGGUUGCGCUACUUUGUUGAGUUCGUCGGGUGGGGCUACUUGAAGCGACAUUUGACGUGCAAGCGUAAGAAGAAGAAAACCCACCGCCUCGUAACAGAUGCUGAAGUGGAUGAGCUUAUUCAAGAAAGUUUUGUUGCACCCGGACGCGGUAUUUCGUGCAGAUUUGACGAGCUUGUGCGCAACUUCCGCAUGUUCAUUGCCAAGAAGGUGCAUACGCGCCGUCUUCAAGUUCCAAACCUCGAGGACCGUAUUUUCCAGGAGGUGAUUACGUUCCUUGAACGAUUUCCAUCAGCUGUCACUCCUUUGGAAAAGCGUGAAUUGGGUGGCUACAAGUACACGCCUCAACCGCUUGAUGUGCGUCACAUUCGAUUGCCGCACUCGAUCAACCUGCUGGCGGAGUUGUUAUCUCAAAAUGCACACGAAGUGUGGGCUGUGGGACGAAUCGAUCAAGGUUGGCGUUGGGGUCUCGAACGCGACAACGACUUGAAACUCCAUCCUGAUCUCGUGCCGUAUGAAGCGCUGACAGAACAGGACAAGCAGUACGACCGUGACACGUCCAUGUCGGCGCUCAAGGUCAUUACCGCAGUAGGUUAUGUGUUGGAGCCUCCAUCCAGCAACACCGAGCUGUUGGACGCAUUCGAGUUUGGCACCGCUGCAACUGAGCAAGGAGGCACGUACAUCCCCAAGCCGAUUCCGACGGAGGAUGUAAGUGUACCUCUGCACCUCCGUUCCGUGAUUGAGCUCCUGGCUGAAAACACGCACGAAGUGUGGGCACAGAUGCGCAUGGCGCAAGGGUGGAAAUUCGGUCCGCGGCGUCACGACACAAAGAAGGAGCACGACGGACUCGUGCCGUACAUUUACUUGACCCAAGACGAAAAGCAGAUGGACCGCAAUACGGCCAUGCAGACCGUGAAGCUGAUUCUGCGCUUCGGGUUCACGUUUGUGCACAAAGACCAGCGCUCCCGUGGGGGCAGGAGGAACCCCUCGAGUCGUAUCAAGGUCGUCGGGCGCAAUGAGAACCCCGAAGCGCGCAAUGUCAAGGAAGCUGUGACAAUGGCCAGAGGUGCCACGCGAGCGAAAUGCGCCUUCAUGGGUCGCGACAGUCCGUUUGCCGCUCCUGGCAGAUCGUCGUCGUCCCAUCUCUUCUCCAGCUCCGCUCCAGCUCCUGAACCAGCAGCGGUUGAAGCUCCAGAGCCUCGAGAUUCAUCGGAUGAUGCACGACCAAUAGCUCCAGCUCCGUCGUCGGGUGUGACCGCUGCGUCUUCGGGGGAUCGGACGACGCUGCUCGCUUCAGCUCCGUCGGUUUCUUCCACCGAGGAGUCAUUCGGAGACCGAUAG